GGUCGUUGAUCACUGCUGUACUAGCAACCUUGCUUGGACUCCACCCAGGUCAGCCCAACCACAAGUCCAGAAGCUUUACAGACCCAAGGUCGAAUAGACUUCACCACCUCUGCGGCCUUGAACGACAGGCUUCUUCAGAUUCUUUUUGAUUCACUGUCUCGUCUUGUAGCCAAAUAUACCAGGCGGCCAAUCAACUCUACACCUAACCCUGCCCGUUGCCGUGACCCGCCCCGUUGACGCAACUUGCCCACCCAAGAUCAACGACCGAACAGCCCCACCAAGGCUGCACCUGAAGCGCAAUCGAUAUGCGCAUCGCAAGGCUGAACUGGAAAUUUCCCCAGACCAGACCAAAGCAAACACCCACAUCCCAAACCGCCAUCUCUUUUUGAUACCCCUAUCGCCGCCACGACAACACCAAUUCUAGCCCCAAUAAUCGGAGAAACUUGCCAUCUCUCCCAAAUCACAACCACAACCCACAAAUUCACAAUCGCGCGCCCACCAUGACAACCACCGAACGUCCCCUAGUCCUCCCCGGCGACCCCAUCUCCCCAGAUCUCAUCCCCUCCUCCACCUCCAAACCGCUCCGCCUCGGCCCCGGCCUCCGCCAUGUCCCCCCAAGCGACAUCGUCCCCGUCGUCGCCGGCCAGCUGAUCACCAACCACCAAAAGAACUCCAUGUGGGUGGAAUACAACAACAACCGGUACAUCCCAACCCCAGGCGACCUAAUAAUAGCUCAAAUCCUCCGCUCCGGCCCAGACCUCUACUUCACCUCCAUAUCCCCCUACACCCCCCCCGCGACCCUCCCCCACCUCUCCUUCGAGUCGGCCACCAAGAAGACCCGGCCUCAGCUCGCCCCGGGAGCCCUCGUCUACGCCCGCGUGGUCUUGGCAAACAAGCACAUGGAUCCCGAGAUCGAGUGUGUCUCCCAGUCCACGGGGAAGUCGGACGGCCUGGGGGAGCUGAAAGGGGGGAUGGUGUUUGAUGUUUCGUUGCAGUUUGCCAGACGGUUGCUCAUGGCGAAGAGCAAGGAGGAGGGAAAGGUGGAAGUGCUGGAGCUGCUAGGGGGGGAGGGGUUGGUGUUUGAGAUUGCGGUGGGGAGGAAUGGAAAGGUUUGGGUUGGGGGAGAGGAUGUGAAGGCUAUUGUGGUGGUCGGGAGGGCGUUGAGGGAGACGGAUGAGGGGGGGUUGGGGGUGGAGGCGCAGAGGAAGUUGGUGAGGAGGUUGGCCAAGGGGAUGAAGUGAGGGGGAUAAGUUUGAGAGGAGAGAUGUGUGAGAUGAUGAUACCAAUACGACCAAAGUAAUGUUCGAUCUCCAAGAGAUCAAACGACUCGAAAAUAAAGCUUGGAUGGAUGGCUGAGCAGGUGCAGACAUGUCACAUCAGUAACGCACACGAGACAGAAAAGGUCAUCAACACUCGUCAAAAAGCGGAAGUAAUGCCGCGCGUAUAGCGCGUUUCCAUUUCAAAGUCGUUACCCCUAUUAAAUCUAGGGUUACGAACUAAAAAAAAAUAAAAAAUAAAAAAAUAAAAAUCAAGCCAGGAGCCCUUCCAUGACUUUUUCGCUGAUCUCAAAAGAAAAUCGAAAAUACAUGUACAAAAACAAAGCAAGAGAAAUGCUAUGUCCUGUCUUCCAUAUCCCGAGAGAGAGAGAGAGAGAAAAA